UUCUCAGCCUUGACUUCCGGCUAACCGUAGAAGAAGAGGAAACAAAACCAGAGAAAGAUUAACUCGCCGGGAAAAUGGGGAAAGCUCGAGGAGUUAACAGUGGCGGAGGAGAGAGCUCUCUCGGUUACUUAUUUGGAUCCGGCGAAUCUGUUUCCAAACCGAACAUGCCUACCACCACAACAACACCAACAACCACUAUCACCGGAGAUAAAACAAGGACGGAGGAGGAGGAGAAGAAGCAGCUUGGGGCUGGAGUAAGAGGAAGCCCUAAUAAUUACAUCAGAACAGAGGGACAAAACUGUGGCAACUUCCUCACGGACCGACCAUCGACGAAGGUUCAUGCAGCACCAGGUGGAGGAUCUUCUCUGGGUUACUUGUUUGGAUCUGGAUCUGGCAAAUGAUUUGUUUCUCUGCAGCAGCAUUUGAACUGUUUGAAGAAAGUGUAAAAAAGUUGUUUAAAUUUGUUAUUGCUUAUGUUCUUAAGGAUUGUUUUGGAUUUGGUCCGUCUCUUUUGUUGUUGAAUAUGGAUUUAUCAAUCUGUGGGUUCAAAGCUAGAAGCUUUCUCAAUUUAGAAAUCUCGAGAAUGCGUUUCCUUAAGUUGCUGGAUUAAUCAUUUGUUAUCCAAUGUUAAACCUUGAUGCU